CGUCAAAGUGACAUACCGUUUCGUAACGGUCAUAACCUUUGAAAUGAUUUUGUAUUUUACAAAUAUCUUGAAUUUGUUUAGACUUUUUACAAAAGUUUGUAUGAGAUCGAUAUAUUUUUUUGCAUAAAUAUAUAUUUAAAUGUUAUUGGUAUAUAAAACAUUUUGAGGCUAUCAUGACUACUACUACUACUCCUCGCAAACGAAAGGGAAGUGAUGACGAUGAGCAUGCUGGUAACAUGUUUAUCAAGAAAAUUCCUGGCAGGCAGAUACAAAAGAACAUCGAAAGUGAUGACAGCACCAAACUCUCUGGGCUUUAUAAACAGGAGCCUAUCUACUGUCUUCCAUAUUAUCAAGCUACAAUGUUUGCCUGUGCAAUAGAAGAUUGUUUAGCACAAGUGCGAAUAUUGGCUGAAUGCAAUAACCAGUUACGUUUAUUAAAAACGAUGGCUGACAUCGGUAUUCUGCGAGCGAAGAAAUAUCAAAUAAAAACUGUCGAAAAUAGGGAGGAUCUGACCAGGAUCAACACCAAAGAUCUGGGAAGUAUGCAGUACAAGUUGGACAAACUUGUUGCUGACAGAUUAUACUUUCAAGAAGUACUGGAGGAAACAUACCAAGAGUUGGCACAAUACAGAUGUUUCAGUGUGCUAAUUAGUUGCAACAAGGAAGUAGAAGAACGAGAAGUAUACAGAAUGUGGCUCACUGAAGAAGAAGCCAAAAACAAAGUCUCUCGACGUGAACUGAUGAAGCAACUAAGACUACAGCGAAUUCAUAUUAAAACGGUCGCUUACGACACAGAUGUCGUUAUAGAACAACUUAAGAGUAAAAUUGAAGACGCAGCAUUGAAUUCAGAGAUAAGAGAAAGGUACGUUACCAACUGGCAAUGCGCACGCACUGAACAGCACACACAAAGAAUUGAAGAUACAGAGUCGGGGCCUUCUACUGCUAUAGCCUACUUCCGAAACAGAAGCGAUCAAGAACAGAGAGUGCACGCAGAAAUAGACCUGCUCGUGAAUAUUUUUAUCAAUGAGACUCUGACACAGGUGGAAAAUUGGAUGAACAAGUAUGACACGGAUAUGGAAGCAAUAGACUUAAAAAUCACUAUAAUGAAGAACAAGUAUCAAGAUGAAGUCGCCAGGAGAAAGGGCAUGGAGGAAGAUCUGGCUCACCACGAUGUUCAAAUGACACAAUGGAACGACUUCAAAGACGCCCGUGAGAAGGCUCGGCUGUACAGGAAGAAGAUGACUGAGUCUGCCAUUAUUGUCCAAGCGUGGUGGAGAGGUCUACUCGUGCGACUUGAAAUGGGCCCGUACAGGCCCAAGAAGAAGCCGGGCUUCAGGCCAGACAAAGGAAAAAAGAAAUAAUAAUUAUAUCGCUUAUGUAUCUAUCUAUUCAUUACUAAACUUGCGUUUUUUUUGGACCUCCCUACAUUAAUUCAAAUAUUUUAUAGCUCUAUACUUACAACUAACAACUUUUCCGAACGUCUGAGUGAUUGUUUAAAAAAAUCGAUAAAACUAUCGAUAUAGCAUAUUGCCAUUUGGCAUCCCUAUUAGUAUAAUGGCGUUUUAAUUUUCAUUUACUUUAUUAUAAUGUUGUUAAAUAUUUACUAGGUACUUAUUAUUUAUUUUUUAAUUUAUUUAUGUUAUAGUUUUGUUAAUUUAAAUAUAAUUUUUAAUUAUUUUUAGUUCAAUUGAGAUAUUAAACGUAUUACCUAA